GGGUGGGGUUUCGGCAGUGCUUUACGGUAGUCGCACGGUGAGGAUGGCUGAGCUGCGGGCGGUGGGUCCCCGGUGCGACUGGCGGUGGCUGGUCUUGGUGGUGUCGGUGCUGUGUAUGUCAUGUCCGGUUUCUGCUAUAGACGUAUAUGGCCCAAGUGAGCUCUUUAUAGAAAAUGGCACAGAAGCCAGGUUGCCCUGUACUUUUAAAUCAUCGGAAGUUACCAGCACUAGUUUACUAGCUAUAUGGAAGUUCGAUGCUCAAUCCAAAGGGGGUGACUUUGUGACGAUUUUUUAUUACACAGGUGGGACAAAUCAGCAUAAAAGUAAAGACCAGUUUACGGGUCGUAUCUCUUGGGCUGGUGAUCUCAACAAGAGAGAUGUUUCAGUCAAAAUAAAAAAUAUGCAGUUUAUUGACAAUGGCACAUAUGAGUGCACAGUAUUCAAUCCCCCAGACGUCAGCGGCAAACCUAACAAAAUCAAGCUUCGAGUUGUUGAAAGAGAGAAUCUUCCAGCAUCCAAUGUUCCCUUUCUUGUUGGGAUAAUAUGUGGAGUGAUCGGAGGCAUCCUUUUGAUUGCUCUUCUCAUAUUUGCACUUGUUAUCUGCAAGAGGAAAAGAUCGAAGAAAAACUACAGCGGCUGCAGCACCACAGAAAGCUUGAUGUCCGUUAAGCAGCCACCGCGCAAGUCUCCUGGCACAGAGGAAUUGGUAAAACCCAUGCCCUCCGCACCUAUUCAGGGGCCGGUAAUAUAUGCCCAGCUGGAUCAUUCCGGAAAGCCAAGCAACCAGAUCAUCAAAUCGGAGUCCGUCGUGUAUUCUAACAUCCGAAGACUCUGCUGAGUUUAUUUCCAAUUAAAGGCCAAGAUGCAAAAUCUACAUUUUAUUUGUGAACUGGAAACGCUUGAUGCAGACUUCAUGCACAAGUUGCGAAUGGCCUUCUUACUUGGGACCAGCGCUAGUGACAAUGAAAACGUUUAUUACUUUAUAUGUUUUAAAGCAAGAUGCAUGAAGGGGUGUGCAGAUGGCAGAGUAGUUGUGCUGUACAGAGAAGAACACAAACCGCCUGGGAAUCAUAAAAAAACGGUUAAAUACUAUGCAACACGACUCUGACAGAACUCCGUCAACCUCUUCCAAGCAGAGGACUCAAACAAGUUAGGAAUUCUAUAAAUAUACAUUUCCUGUAAAACCCGUCUGUGUCAGGGUUCAUGGGAAGAGUAUAUCUUUCUCAUUGGUUUCUAUGGGGAAACAGUAUAGAAGGAUACUUCAGCUUGCAGGGUUUCAUCCAUCGAAAACAAUCAAUGACACUUGUCUCUGCUUUUUCUCCACAGCUGUCUGUCUCAAAUCUAUGGAGGUUCGGAGUUGGCUGACAUAUCUCGGUUAUUCCUUGCUUUCCUCUUGAGCUGCUGUAAAAAUAAAAAAGAACAAUCUGAGUGGUUUCAGAGCAUUUAUGAAUACAAAUAUUUGGAAACCAUCUCUGAGAAUUACUUUUAUUGCCAGCUCACAGAGUGAUAUGGGUAGCAUCAACUUAAACUGUCUUCCAUUGGUACAGUCAUGGAUAUUCACCAAAUAAAUUAGAGGAAACAUUGGCUUUUUUUCUUGGGGCAAAAAAAAAAAAGCUUAUGCCUUUAAAUAUAUAUUAUUUUUUUUUUCUCCCCCAACCCAAACAUGGCAAUAUAGGGAGUCUGUGAAUUCCUCUGUUUGGUGUCCUACAAUAAAUGCUUCUCAAAUGAGAUGAAAUAUCUUUGGAUGAAGUUUAAAACAAAUCACAUUUAUGCAGGGAAAGCUAAUGGUGCAUAGCAGGACUCAAAAUUUCCACUUGCCAAUAGCCUUUGGUGACUGUGCCAUGAACACUCACAGUGGCCAGUAACCGUUAAGGCUUGGCUGGUAGCACAGAACUUGACAUUUUAAGCCCUGGGGCAAAACAUUUAAACAGGGUCAUCCAUAUUCUGUUCUCUAAGCAUCCUGGAGAUGGCUCAGACCAAUGCAAUACAUCUCAAACUGUUACAUCAGAUGUAGACUUAGCUCUGCAUUCUGGCCGUUUAAUAUGUAAUGUACAAUAUCUGCCUAUCUACCUAUACUGCCACAGGAAGCCUUACUCCAUAUCACAACAAAAAGUGCAAUUAUUCUAUCAUUGACAAACCCCUGAUGUGGGCAUCCUUUAUUUUAUAUGCUGGAGAAAAUGCUCCCCCAGUGUGUGUACAGCCACGUAUAAUGUGUACCCGCCAUCAAGCUUGUUAUAGAUUUCUAUCAUUAGGCAGAGAUCCAGAAAGGGAAUCGACAGUAUGACCCCCCAAAAAUGGGCUCACUGUACAAUAUCCAUUAUUCUAACACCUUCCAACAAGGGGACUUGCUGUUAUCCACUACAUCUUGUAAAUACUGUAUUUAAUCUGUCUGUGACCAAUGCUGCAUGACUCAGUGCGCUUUUGCCAUAUUUUUAUAUAAUAUAUUUAAAACAAAAAGAAAGUACAACUGGAAAGGGAAGAGACUAUUUUGAAGGUUUUAAUGAGUAAAAUGGAUAAGGGGUACCAUUGUAGUAAAGUAGCGGGCGACCCCUCUUGUGUUUUAUUGCUUUCGUUACGUGGCUGGGAGAGAUGGGCUUCUCGUCUGUACCAGCUGCCAUUUCAUAACAUUUAAACGUUACUAUAAAAUAGAUAUAUUCAGUAAAACCUCUCAAUACAGUGUUUAUUGUAAAAUAUUUAGCUUGUCUUCUAUUUUUAUUGCACGAGUCUUUUGGUUAUAUAUUCAGAGAGUACUGUUUAGGUUACAUUUCUGUUGCUGGAUUCAAUGUGUGUAUGUAUAUAAAACCCUCUAUAUAAUCAUAUAGACGUUUCCAACAUAUCCUGUUUUGUGACUCAGUUUACGCGCCCUGAAGCUUUAUUUUUUUUGUUUGUAAAAUAAGAGUUUAUCAUGUUGUCUUUGAUAUUGUUUAAAUGUAAUCGUACGUUUUUUUUUAGUUUACAUAUCUCUUUGAGCUACUCUCGCCCGAUGAAAUGUUAUAUUUGGUUAUCCCGAUAAUCUAUGUUCACUGCCUAAACACCUUUUUUAUUUCCUCUGACUGGAUUUGUGAAAUUAACUGUUCUGUAUUUAUACAACUAACCUGAAUACUGGAAUAAAUGAGAACGACACAGUUCUAUGUACAUGUGUGAACAUUCCUUUCAAAUU